GUAUUUUUUAAUUCUUCUGUAUUUGUGUACACAUAAAAAUAAGAAGAUGAAAAUAAUUGACUGAGUAAUGUACUAUUGUUGUACCAUAGCUUCGAGUAAUGGAUAGGAAUAAAUAUUUUCUUUUAGAAAAUUAUUAUAUCCUAAUAAAUGUCAAUGAUCUUUCUUUUCCUCAAAAAACAUGAGACAAAUUACGUGAAAAAAAUAAUAUCAUUUUAAAAGAAAAGAGGAUGAAUGAAAUAAUAUUCUUAUAUAAUUAAUAUAUUUUUAACUUCUAAGGUCCUCGAGUUCAAUAUGUCACAAUUAUAGAAAUUGUCGAGAAAUUUAAAUGCGAAAAAAACACAUUAAAAUAUUUUAUAUGAUUAAAGCAUUCAUCUGCUUUUUUCUAUUUGAAUACACAAAUAUAAAGAAAAAUAUUUAUUUAUAUCAGCGUUUGUCAAAAAAAAAAACGCAUAAUUUAUUUUUAAAUUCUUUUCUUAUUAAACAAAUAACUAGUUCGUCAACCAUUACAUGAACUACAUCCUUCUAAUCGUCUAAACAUACGACAUUUACCAGCGAUACCUAUUUCUAAACUUGGUACUACUAGUAAUUCACCUACAAAUUCAAACGUUGCAUCAACAGCAAAUCGUUUUCAUACAAAUAAUCUUUUCCUACAAUCAAUUAGUCCUACAACAAAUAAUGCACCUCAACAACAGAAAAAAAUACCUUCAAAACAAAAUAAAUAUAUUUAUGAUGCUACACAAAACAAAUCUCGUACAAUAACAAUUAUUAAACAAGGACAGGAAAAACCACAUAAAUCUAUAACAAUAUUUCUUAAUCGACGUACAAUUCAAACAUAUGAACAACUUUUAUCCGAUAUAUCUGAAUCAUUUGGUUAUCAUAAAAAUCGAACAGAUAAAAUCAGACGUCUAUUCACUCUCAAAGGAAAACAAGUGAAUGGUAUUAAUGAUUUCUUUCGUGAAGAUGAUGUAUUUGUUGCAUCAACAAACGUAGCAGAUCUUUCUUUAACUGAUUUACGAGAAAUUAGUAUAGAAAUGCUUAAUGAUCCACAACGUUCAACAUCACGCAAUACAGGUGUGAAUAAAUAUCAAUUUAAACAAAAUAUUCAACCAGUACCUGAUCGUGAUACACCAAAUGUGCCAACAGUAGCAAUUACAAAUGAUCCAAAAAAAGUGGUCAAUGUACGUGAUAGUGGUUUCUUAGAUGAUGAAGAUGGUUUAUCCGGUAGAGAUAGUGAAUUGACAACAUCACGUAAAACUCCACGGCCUGUAAAUAAUAAUAAUAAACAGAAUGAAACAAUAUCUCAAGAUCCACCAACUCCUAGUGAUCUCCUCGGACGAAGACAAAAAAAAACACAAGCUAAAACAACAAAUAUUCUUUCUAUUGAACAACAACGAGAACGUGAACGACAACGUUUACGAGAAGAAGAAGAACGUCGAAAAAAAUUAUUAAUUCGAAAAGAUCAACAGCAAACACCACAAAUUCCAGUCGUAGCAAAAUUUGAACCAUUAGCAGUUGAUAUUAAUAAUGAUGAAUCUCGCACUAAUAAAUUGAAGACUCCUAUAACAAAUACGGGCACAUUUUCUCCACAUUUUCCUUCAAUUAGUGGUGCUACAGCAAAAGUAUCAAAUAAACCAACAUCCGUUACACCAUCAUCUCGCACACAUAAUCGCGAUGAAAAUGAUCCAAAUAAUAAUGAAACAAUAAUUGCUACAGCUGCAGCAUUAACAAUACCACAAGUACCUAAAAAGCCCCUAAAAAAACGCUCGUCAGCUUUACAUACUUCUUCAUCUAUUGUUACUGAUAGAUAUGAACUUGGUAAGAAAAUGGGUGAUGGAAAUUUUGCUGUUGUACAUCGUUCAAAACUACGUGGUAGUGAUCGUGAAUAUGCAAUUAAAAUUGUUGAUAAAUCAAAGAUGAAAGGAAAAGAAUAUAUGCUUGAUCAUGAAAUAAAUAUUAUGUAUAUGUGUAAUCAUCCAAAUGUAAUUCGUUUAUUUGAAGAUUAUGAAACUCCUGAUGAAAUUUAUCUUGUUAUGGAAUUGAUUAAAGGAGGUGAUUUAUUUGAUUAUAUAACAAAACACCGUCGUUUCGAUGAACCAACAUCUUCAUUAAUGAUUAAGGAUGUUGCUGAAGCAUUAUUAUAUUUACAUGCAAAAAAAAUUGUACAUCGAGAUUUAAAACCAGAAAAUUUAUUAGUUAUGCAAAGAAGAGAUGCACGUAUUACAAUUAAACUGACAGAUUUUGGUUUAGCAAUGCAAGUAUCUGGACCAAUAAAAACAGUUUGUGGUACGCCAACCUAUGUCGCACCGGAAAUACUUGCCGAAACUGGUUAUGGUAUGGAAGUAGAUUGUUGGGCUACUGGAAUUAUAUUAUAUAUACUUCUCUGUGGUUAUCCACCAUUUAAAAGUGCGGAUCGUAAUCAAGAAGUAUUAUUUCAAUUGAUUCAACGUGGAAAAUUUGUUUAUGAUACAGAAUAUUGGAGUUCAAUCUCAGCUAAUGCAAAAAAUUUAAUUGAUAAUUUAUUAGUUGUUGAUCGUCAUAAACGAAUGCAUGCUGAUGAAAUUCUACUACAUCCAUGGAUAAUGAGUAUCGGCCAAUCAAAACCAAUACGUAACACGGAAGAAUUAAAAACUGCUUUACGUUUAAAAUAUGAUGCUAAAGUCAAAGAAUAUACUGAAAAUCAAGGAGCGUAA